CCUUUCCUAUCAUCUAUUCUGAAACCAGUUCCGUAUUCAGUGCUAGCCUACAUUAAUGUAACAUCGGCGCCCACAUCAUACAGCGUAUAUAGAUAGAAUUGUCGGAUAAGAUCACACCAUCUCGACCAUGGAGCCUUGAACUGGAAUGUAAGAGAUGCGUUUACUACUCGCUACUCAGAAGCCGAGAAAACGAUGCUUACACCCACAGCACCACAGAGAUGAAAAUGCAGCACACUUGAUAUCUCCCUGGAGGGGAAGCCUGAUUUAAGAUGAAGCGACUGAAGGGGAAAACCCAGAAGUGUGGAGCAUUUCAGAAAAUCCUGUGAACUCUGACCUCCAGCCCCCAUCUGCCAUCAUUCCUUUCCCCCAAAUACACAGCACUCUCAUCCAUCAACACUCCUGCUCUGGUCCAAGAUGACCUCGCCGAGAAAGCACCUGGUCAAGGAUUUCAACCACUUUAUCACAUGCUACGUAUGUAAAGGAUACCUGAUCAAGCCCACCACGGUGACUGAGUGCCUGCACACCUUUUGUAAAAGCUGCAUCGUCCAACACUUUGAAGACAGCAACGACUGCCCCAAAUGUGGCAUUCAAGUCCACGAAACCAACCCUCUGGAGAUGUUAAGGUUGGACAACACUUUAGAGGAAAUCAUUUUCAAACUCGUGCCUGGGCUGAGAGAAAAGGAACAACAGCAGGAGAUUGAGUUCUGGAGGAGUCGAAAGUCGAAGGAGAACGGAGAAGAAGAUGGCCCCCGAUCAAAGAGGUCUAGGCUGGAUGCCGAGAAUGAUGACGGUGGAGAUGGAGACUACCACAGGAGUGACCCUCAGAUAGCCAUCUGUCUGGAUUGUCUACGCAACAGCAGUCUGGUGGAAGAGAACAUUGUGAGGGGUUUAAUGAAGAAAUUUAUACGCUGCUCGACUCGAGUGACAGUCGGAACAAUCAAGAAGUUUCUCAGCUUGAAGUUAAAGCUUCCAAGUUCUUAUGAGCUAGACGUCCUAUGCAACGGGGAGAUCAUGGGAAAAGACCACACCAUGGAGUUCAUCUACAUGACGCGGUGGAGACUUCGCGGUGAAACCGACUACCCAAUGGUACUAGAAUAUCGGCCACGGAUAGACUUUGGUUGACGGAGGGAGACGUGGGACUACUCCUGCACUAACAGCCCAUUGACAGACUACACAAUGAAUGGAUGUGCCUGGCACAAGAGACAAGGACCACACAUCUUCUUAUCAUCUGCAUGCAGUAAUCCGUGAUUGCCUCUAAUCUCAUUCUGUUCUCUUACGUUAUCCUUCAGUUUCACUGUCUGCGUUUCAUUUGUCAAAAACGCAUCAAGGGUUUGAGAGCAUGCCUGUGUAUCAUGACAUAUUGAUUCUUUUUUUUUUAAGUACCGAAAUGUAAUUGACUGAAGUGUGAAGACAUGCCCUUUAAUUCUACAGCACAUUGAAGUGUCCCUAAUAAUACAAGGUGAAAUGACUAGUAGUCUGUUGUUACGCAACACAACAGAGAUAUUACCAGACAGGUGUGCGCACUGGCAAACGGCUCAUAAUAUUCCACCUUAUCUAUGCUGGAUUUCGUGUCUUACAUGGCUCCCUCCCUUAUUCCUGUUUUUAACUACGGUAGUGCCUUUCCCCACAUGCCUCUUUCAGUGCGGUGCCCUUCGAAAUUCAAACUGCUUUUCAUAUGAAAUCCCGAAUAGUGAAUUCAACAGCCCCAAUAUAUAGUCUACAUCCAACUACAAGGAAGCUAUGGAUACCAUACCUACCAUAUCCCUAUCUCAAUAAGCUAUAUUCUUCCAUUCCAUGCCAUUUUGAUGUUAUUACCGCAUAUUAAGCAAUACAAGUACUGUAAGACUAGAGUUGGCGGAAGAAGGUUAGAAGGAGCUGAAUAUCACCUACACUGUCUGAAAUGUGUAGCUGUGUGUUUGUGCACUAUGUAAACAUAUUGGGCAUUAUUGUUGACUUGUACAUAGCAGAGAUUUGUAUAGACUGUUUACUACUAUGCUGUAUGUCCUACCGGAUGGCUUAACAUUAAUUUAUUGUUGUUGCCGUAUAGAAACUGUCCCAGACUGUCGUUACAGGGUCCGAUAACCCUUGUCAUUUGUAUCUAAUGGUGGAUCAGUACACAAGUGCUUUAAAUGCUUUUUCCCUCUUCACAUACAGUGCCUUCAGAAAGUAUUCACACCCCUUGACUUUUUUCCAAAUGUUUUUGUGUUACAGCCUGAAUUUAAAAUAGAUUAAAAUGAGAUGUUGUGUCCCUGGCCUACACACAAUACCACAUAAUGUCAAAGUGGAAUUAUGUUUUCCCCGAGAAAAGAAAAAUCUGAUUAAUAAAAAAUGAAAAGCUGAAA